UCGACCUUCAAUAUGACUCGUAUUCUACUCCUUGCAGCUGUGGCACUUGUCGUGGUCUACCAGGUGUCCGGAGCACCAAACCACAAUGGCUUGUUGAGAGAAGCAAAAAGGAACAUAUUGGGUAGGCGUGGUCACCAAUCAAGGUGGGAUGAGACGCAUUUUUAUUGCGAUGAUGCACUGGAACAGCAGAGGGAAGUGAUUUGCGACCCUAACCACACUCAUGCUCCAGUUCAACCUACACCAACUGGUGGACCACUUCCACCUACAGUAUCACCUGGACACCAAGAUGCGUUCGUGGGGAAGAAUGAGGCGAGUAGGUUCUUGGGUCGUGGAGUGGUCCAGGGCUUGAUUGAGGAAUGCUGUUUCGAGGGGUGCCACAGCGAGGAGAUUCAUGAACACUGCCCAUAGUUUACGAGAACAAAAAUCACCACCAACGAUGCUGACAAUUUUAGGACGCUAGGUGGCAGCAUACUCACAUGGUGAAUCCAUUGUUCUCGGUAAUGUGCGCAUGCUCAGAACUAGAAAAGACAAUGGUCAUUUACCUGGUUAGUCUGCUGCAUCUAGCUUCCAAAAUCUCCAAUUAUAUUAUAAUGCUGAUCAAAUAUUUGCAUAAUCCUCUGACAAUUCGAAAUAUUAAUAGGUUUACUAUUAAUAUUAUUAUUUUGUUGCAAUACAUUUCAUAAUAUCACUGCACAGUCCUAGUAAUAUCCAGGGACUGUCGAGUCAAAUAUUUGCAAAAUCCUCUCACAUUUGGAAGUAUUAAUAGUUGCUACUAUUUUUGCUGUACAAGAUUGUAUUGAUUUCUCGAAGUCACUGCUGAGAGUAAUACCCAACUAAUGUAACAUUUUUUUGAGACAAUACACUACACUCCAUCUUUUGGCCGGUGGGGCGCUGUGUAAGCAAUAUUAAAGUUAAGCCGCUUUCAAAAUGGCGAAUAUGGUUACGAUUGUUGCUAGGUGUGAUGACGCAUGAUGACGCAGCGAUCCAGCUGUUACCGUAGUUGUCAUGUGUUCCAGAAAAUAAGCCCAUCACAGGUUUAUGAUAUUCUAUAACACUAAUAUAAGCCUACUAUUUAUCUAAUGAGUAAAAUAUUAUUAAUGUCAAAGAA